CCUCGGCUCUCGACGCGCUGAGGAUGUGGGCAGGAAACGCCAUGCAAGAGCGGAGGAGCGAUCACGCUUCCCAGCCCCGUUGCACAAUACAGUUCGAUCCAAAUGUGCUCUUAAUCUUCCACGCUCAUGUCCCGCAGCGGUCGAUCUCCUCGCAUCUGCACGGCGCGGCCGCCACAGAGCACGCUCGCGGGAUCUGACGGCACGCGAUUCGAUUCCUAUCCGAGCGCGAGGGCAGCCUUCACGGCCGACUCGGAUUGAAAACAUCGGGGCUGGUCAGCGGGAGGGAGAGAGAACAGGCUUCGUAGCGGAAGAAAAAAAAGAAAAGAAAAAAAGGAGGUGUCUGUCUAUUUUACCCCCCCUUCUCCCUCUCCCUCUCUCUCUCUCUCUCUCUCUUUCCAGCCAUGAGGGAGUACAAAGUGGUUGUUUUGGGGUCGGGUGGAGUCGGGAAAUCCGCGCUGACGGUCCAGUUCGUGACGGGCUCCUUCAUCGAGAAGUACGACCCCACGAUAGAGGAUUUCUACAGGAAGGAGAUCGAGGUGGACUCGUCCCCGUCGGUGCUGGAGAUCCUGGACACGGCGGGCACCGAGCAGUUCGCCUCCAUGCGAGACCUGUACAUCAAGAACGGGCAGGGCUUCAUUUUGGUCUACAGCCUGGUGAACCAGCAGAGCUUCCAGGACAUCAAGCCGAUGAGAGACCAGAUCAUCCGGGUGAAGAGAUACGAGAGGGUGCCCAUGAUCCUGGUGGGAAACAAGGUGGACCUGGAGGGGGAACGAGAGGUGUCUUCCGGGGAAGGCAAGGCGCUGGCCCAGGAGUGGACCUGCCCGUUUAUGGAAACUUCAGCCAAAAAUAAAGGCUCAGUCGACGAACUGUUUGCAGAAAUAGUCAGACAGAUGAACUAUUCCACUGUUCCCAGUGGUGGCAAUCAGUGCUGUUCAUGUGUCCUGCUCUAAAGAAGACGAAAAACAGACCACCGCAGUGCAUCCGUGCUGAAUUUGAGCUUCUAACUUGUCCUGCAGGCGUUUUGCAUAUCUAUUCUCUCUCCUCACACUGUUGUCUUAUUGUUGCACACAAACACAAAUCGACGAAGACAACAAUCGAUUAUGUAUUAUAGUCUGGAAAAGUGUUUACAUGACAAAGUACUUGAAUGUUUUGGGAUUUUUUUAUAGCUUUGUAUAUGACACUUCUCUGGAAAUGUGCCUCAAUGGGAAUGUCUUAUUGUGAAACCUAAGAGACACUGUUUUUUUUUGUGUUUUUUAUUUGUUGAGUUGUACUGUUGCAUCUUCUAGGCCGGGUCCAUCUGCCGGGGGGAGUGGUGGGGGUUACUUUGAGGGUCACUUUGAGGGGUAUGCUUCUUUGGAUUUGCCUACUUCUUUUGGCCUGAGAGCAGCAGGCCAUGAAUGCGCUUAAAAUCGCUCCUAAACGCAUCAAUCACCACUCAAGCCUUGCACAGGUUACUCAAAUACGAUCUCCUCAAUUAAUUUCCCCAAAAGGUCGAGUGUGAUCCAAGAGGCGCAGAUCACCACCCACUAAAAUACUGUAUUUUAAGCUGUGGCUUGUGGUGGAGUUGUGUAAGGACUUUAUAUUCUAGUUUUUAAAUCCCCCUCCCCCCCUCUUUCCGGUCCGAUGAAAAAGUGGAUUUAUCAUGGAACUUGCACUUAGCUGUCGGUGUCCCUCCUCAGUGUGCACAACAAGGACCUUAGUGCGCUGCUGUCGCUGCAUGGGGAACGCCGUGAACCCAUGUCAAGUGCCUUCCCAAGAAAACUCCUGUGACUGUGCCAACUCCUUCUUCUGCAGUGCGUCUUGAUGGCAAUCAGAACUUUUUAGCAGUUUUUGGUCAACAAUCUACUUACAUUUGGUGUCAAAGUGAAAAGAGCCUCUUUCUAUGUCACGGUCAGGAAGCUAAGCCUGGAUCAGACCUGCUGUUUCAGGGUCAGAUUCAGGCCGUUUCUCAAGGUACUAGUCCAACAAGAACAACAGAGUAACGUUAACCUACGAGCAUUAUGGUUCAGUGAAAGGCAAGCCAGGUUUGUUUGUAUUAUCUCGAUUUUGUUUCUUCUUUUCUUUUCUUAAAAUUCAAAGUGACAUUUUUGACUUGUGGUAAUUGUUAGUUCUCUUCUGCCAUCCACCUGUCGGUUUGAAAGACUUGUAAUACAAAAAGCAUUUUACGUAACGCUGUGUACUGUGCUUGUCUCUGCUAAUGACAUAAAGAGUCUUCUUUUUGGGCUGCUUUGAA